CUUUGGGUGGAUGGAGGGCAAGGUGUCUACAUCUUCUUAGACCAGGCCUCAAGACCCCUGUCAUCCAAUCCGCCGGAGAGGCUCCGCCGUGGAGGGAGCUUUCGACAUCCCCACAACCUCACUUUGUCCACCACGUAAUCUCCAGUUCCCAUCACCACAACCCGCUCUUCACAGCUAAGAUGGUUCAGCCUGUGGUGCAGACCAUCCAUAGGGAUCCAGCCCUAUUUUGGUGGAUCCUACUUCCUAUCACCGUGGUUAUGAUUCUGACAGGUAUCCUUCGCCACUAUGCCAUGACACUCCUCCAGACCCCGCCCAAGAAGCAGACUCUCGCGCACAUCCGGCAGCAGCGUUCUCUCGUCCGUGGCGUGCAACUCCGCAGCAACGCCAAUGUCCUGUCUCCCGCUUCGUUUCAGGCGCGUAAAGCAUACAUGGUAUCUGCCUUCCAGGAGGGCAAGUUUCUGGCUGAGCCUGAGAACAGGGGCAAGCCAAGGCCGAACCCAAUGUCGGACCCCGCGGCUAUGGAGGGGAUGAUGGGUAUGAUGAAGGGAAACAUGGCCAUGAUGGUUCCACAGACCUUGAUCAUGGGCUGGAUUAAUGCUUUCUUCUCGGGUUUCGUCAUCAUGAAACUUCCUUUUCCAUUGACGCCUCAGUUCAAGUCUAUGCUUCAGUCAGGUGUCGGUACUCGCGACCUAGAUGUGAGAUGGGUGUCUAGUUUGUCCUGGUACUUCUUGACCCUUUUCGGAUUGCAGCCCGUAUACAACUUCAUUCUUGGGAGUAAUAACUCUGCAAACCAGGUUACACAACAAAUGGCCAUGUCCAACCCGGGUGCAGGCAUGAUGGGUCCGGAGCAGGAUCCUGAUAAGCUCUUCCUCAACGAGGCGGAGAAUCUAGAGGUUCUCGAGCAUCGCUGGAUUUUGGAAGGAAUUGAAGACCGACUCAUUGCCAAGAUGGCCUCGUGA